GGAAAUGGUUCUGCUGUCCCUCACGCUCCUUUCAACGCGGGGUUGAUGCACCACUAAUACAAAAUAGCCACGGAUGCUUGUGUCGCUAUUCCAACCCACGAUGUCAUGUUUUCGGCCACAGGGUUGCAAUCGGUGAAACCGCUCUUGACACUACUGUUGUUGUACCGCAUCCUCACAUGUCAACCUCGGGAUCAUAUUCAAGGUGUCCUGUAUUCAGGGACGCAGCGCUUGUGGCUGACCGCAGGAGAGGUCAUACGUCCCUGCACAGUCUUCUGGUCGGACUGGGCUGGAACUCCGCUUUGGCCCGCCAGAGAUGAUGCCCAUCCAUAACUGUCCCUAUUAUGGCAAGAAACGGGAACGUAGUUGACCGAUCCUAUCUGCGUGAUAUAUUCACUCAACAAUCACGCACUGAAGCAUUGGAGAAAGUACUGAUCCUUAUGACACAAGGG